AUGUCCGCCGCUACCACCGUCCCGAUCCCUACCCACAAACCCCCUCACGCGAGAUACGCCACCGCGGCCUCGGGGGACGUCUCGCCCAUCAGCACCAACACCUCGCGCAACGCCUCCCCGUCUCCUCAUUCGCCCGCCUGCUCAUCUCAGAACUCGCGGUCUAGCAGCCGUCGCGAGUCGUUCGGCUCCAUCAAGGAAGACGUCGACGGCAUUGCGCAAUCAUUUCUCGACACCCAUAUUGAUCAAACCCCUCAGGAGCCGCCCAAGCGGUCUCCCGUCGACAUGCAGCCCGACUUCUGCUGCCCGUGCGGAGGGUUCCUGGGGUGGAAGCAGAUCCGGCUAGGUGGAAAGAGUCUGAGUAAGAGUUACAGUGACCUGCGGGGCCUUGGAAGCAUGCAGGCGCGUGGAUGGGCCUGGGAUAACACUCCACAGGCUGCUAGUCCGCCGAGCAAGGCGCUGCCGGUUGAGGUCGAAGAGGAAGUCGUCGUCGAGCUGAAGGAGGAGGAAGUCGAGCAGAAACCCGCCGCAGGGACGUCCCCGUUGGAGAGGCUGCCCCCGGAGGUUCUCGAUUACCUGAUUUCCAUGCUGGCCAUCGAUGUGCCCCCCAACGGAUACGCACCGCGCAACGUGGACCUGAUCGCCUGCCUUCUUGCCUCCAAGACGUUGCACGCCGCAACCCUCGGUGUGUUGUACCGAAACAUGACCUUUCCCCACUCUAUCAUCUUCUCCAAAGCCCUCCAGCACAUGUCUCGCUACCCGGCGUUGGGCACUUUGGUUCGUCGUCUCGACUUCUCUCACUUUACUUCGGUUGGCCUGGGACGGACCAAGCAGAUGAACUCCGAGAUCCAGAAUCUCACCUCCAAGACCCUGCUUCAAUGUCUGAACUUGCUACCCAACCUCAAGGAAUGCCUGCUUCAGGAGCACGUGGAGGGGGAUAUCAGCAUGGAAGUGAUCCAGAAGCUCUUCACCGGUCUCCCCAAUCUGUUUGCGGUCGACUUCUGCGGCUGCUCCUCCCAGUCAUUCUCCGGCUUGUUCCUAGAGGCCCUGAUCACCAGUCCUGGUCUCCCUGCGACUCUUCCAAACUUGAGACGGGUAUCGCUCCACGAGUGCAGCAGUCUUCCCGCUUCGGUCUUUGAGAUCCUUCUCCCGCGUCUCGUCAACCUCACCCAUCUAGACGUCACCCACACGCAGAUCAGUGAGGAUGCUCUGUUCUCCAUCCCCGAGUCUGCCAAGAUCACUCACCUGAGCUUGUCCCGGUGCAGUCGUCUUCGGGGUUCUCGGGUGGUGGAGUUCCUCUCGACCCAUCCGGCCGUAACCGGCUCGCUGGUUUUCCUGAACCUCUUGACUGAUCCCACCCGGUCCCGCCUCCUCGAGGAAGAGAACGUGCACGCACUCCUUCCCAACUUGCCGACCACCCUGCGCUCUCUUAAUUUGGGGGGCGCAAAGGUCACUUCUGCUCAUACCCACGCCUUGGUGCCCUUGACCAAGCACCUGGAAGAGCUGGGUCUGAGCUCUUGUGAGCUCACUGGACAAGAUAUCAACUCAUUCUUCGUCCCGUCCCGCCCCGUUACUGAAGAACUGACUAGUUCGCACCCCCCUGAGCCGUGGGUUCCGUCCACGCUGUGCUAUUUGGACUUGAACAAAGCCAACCAGUUGACGAUCGGCACCAUUUUCAACCCCAACGCGUGUGUUAUCCUCACCCAACAGAGCUACCCGUUGCAGGUCAUUGAGUUCAGCGACAAGCUCAUUGCCCCUCUGCGUGAGCGAUCCCGGACCGCUAGAGUUUCGCCUGGCUGGACCGUGCGGGAACUUGGCCGUCGCGGGUGGUACGUUCGCGAUCCCGCAUCGAUGCCCGAGGUCAUGCUCGACGACGGUGCGCGCAGCUGGAAGAUGGGCGCCCGUUGGUGGGGCAUGCGCAAGAUCCCCGUCGCGGUGGGAGACGUGGGCGGCUUGUACGGCCAUUACAUGUUCAAAAAGUGA